UGUUGAACAGAGAGGUGACGUUCCCAGCUCUGCGUGACAACAUCCCGACACCACUUCCGCUUCUGCCAUUUUGUAUGUGUGCGAGAGCGCUACCGCUGUCUCUGCAGCAGGGAAAGGGGAUAGCGUACAAUUUAUAAAAUACUGAAAACACAACAACAGCAGAACAAACAGCGACUCUACGACAGCAUCGGCACAGGAUGUCAGAUUUUGACAGCAACCCGUUUGCAGAUCCAGACAUGAGUAAUCCUUUUCAGGAUCCCUCAGUGACACAGGUAACACGCAGUGCUCCCCCCGGACUGGAAGAAUAUAACCCUUUCACAGAUGGAAGAACAGCGGCCCCAGUCCCCCCGGCUGCCUCAAAAGUGCCUCCAGCCACUAACACACAGCCGGCCAUCAUGAAGCCCACAGAAGAGCCUCCAGCCUACACACAGCAUGCACAGGAUCAAGCUCUGGCUCAGGCUGAGCUCCUGAAGCGCCAGGAGGAGCUGGAGAAGAAGGCAGCAGAGCUGGACCGGCGGGAGCGAGAGAUGCAGAGCCUCAACCAGCAGGGUGGCAGGAAAAACAACUGGCCACCUCUUCCAGAGAAGCUCCCUGUGGGCCCGUGCUUUUACCAUGACAUAGCGAUAGAUAUACCUGUAGAGUUUCAGAAGACCGUGAAGAUUAUGUACUAUCUAUGGAUGUUCCACACGGGGACGCUGUUUGUGAAUGUUUUCGGGUGUCUGGCCUGGUUUUGUGUCGAUGCUGCAAGAGGAGUUGACUUUGGAUUGGCGAUACUCUGGUUCAUGCUCUUUACUCCAUGCUCCUUCGUCUGCUGGUACAGACCCCUGUAUGCGGCAUUCAGGAGUGACAGCUCUUUCAGGUUCUUUGUCUUCUUCUUUGUAUAUAUCUGUCAGUUCGGUGUACAUGUGCUACAGACUAUUGGCAUAACAGGAUGGGGUAACUGUGGCUGGAUUUCUGCGCUCACAGGUCUUAACACCAGUGUUCCAGUUGGUAUAAUCAUGCUCCUGAUAGCAGCCCUGUUCACAGCCUCUGCGGUUAUUUCAUUAAUCAUGUUUAAAAAGGUACACGGACUUUACCGAACCACAGGAGCCAGCUUUGAGAAAGCGCAGCAGGAGUUUGCUACUGGAGUCAUGGCAAACAAAACUGUACAGACUGCAGCGGCAAAUGCAGCCUCUGGAGCAGCACGCACCGCUUUCAAGGGAGAGCAGAUCUGAGCAGACUGAAUGCAUUGCCCCACUAACCCCAGCCACCAGCCUGGUCCUCUGUGUAGCGAGACUUCACUCCCAUUUAUUUAAUGCACUCCGGUAACUGACUGAACCCCUCCACCUCACACAGCAUGCAUGUGAACAGCCUCCCUGUUGCCCUGUCUAACUGAUGAACUGACAGAUUUUCUUAAUUAUUGUGGGGUGGGGGGGGGUCCUCUCCAAUUUGGUCUCAUAGGGAAAGAGCAAGAAAAGUUUACACAAUAUUGCUGAAACCAAUAGCCACCCUGUGCUCCCUUACCUUUCUGAAUAGCAUUACUGUAGGAACAUAUAGCUUCCACACAGCUGCACAGUAACACUCCGAAUGUCCAGUGCCAGCCUCUGUAGGUUUCCCUCGUGAUGGUUCCUGCUCUUGUAGACCACAAGAGAGUGCUGUUCCACACAAUGGAACGGGUUGCUCUUUGCUGAAAAUGUUACAUUAAUACAACCUCCAAUGAGUGAUAGGAUUCUGCUGCCCUUUCUUUUCUUAUCAUGUGCAACACAUGCAGUCUUUCAUUUUUAAUUAUAUAUACAGUCUCUCUCUCUCUCUCUCUCUCUCUCUCUCUCUCUCUCUCUCUCUCUCUCUCUCUCUCUCUCUCUCUCUCUCUCUCUCUCUCUAGGUAAAUGUCCCACUUUUUUUAUCUUUUAAACCCUAAUGCCCUUAGGCAGUAGUGUAACCCAGUUACAGCUGUACAAUAUUAUUGCUUGCAACAUUUUAAAAACUUCCAUUUUACUUUAAAGCUGCAAAAAACAAGCAUCGACCUUUUACAGCAGCUUUAACAGGGAGGAUUAUAUUGUGCCUAAUAAAUAAAUAAAUAAAUAAAUGCACCGUCAAGAAAAGAAAGAAAUAAAUCAGUUAAAAGGUGUGUCAGUUUAUCCACAUUGCAUGCCUCUGAUGAGAAGAGUCGACAAUGCCGUACCAGUGAAAGCAGUGUUGUGUGUGCAUCUAAUAAAACUCCCAUUGUAUAGCAGUUUGGACCAAAACAGGUUUUUAUUGUGUUAGGCAAUUGGUGUUUUUCAAUGUAAUAGGAAGGAAAAUAGGAUCAUGUAACUAACAUGUGUUGCCUGUGCACAUUUAUUAGGCACAAUAAGCAGAUUUGUGACAUGUUGCUUCUUGGUUGAAGACCGGUUUUGUUUUUAAAGCACAUUCAUUUUGACAUAACGUUAGCCAAUGCAUACAGCAGAAGGAUGUAUUUGAAAGGUAUCAAUUGCAUUCUAAUAUCUUGUGUCCUCGUGGCUUGGUCCGGACUUGCAUAUGUACAGUACAUGCAAAUUAAAGCUGACCUGUAGCAAAUGAUGCAGGAUUUGAAAAGUAGACUCCUGUCUGUAUCUCCUUUCUGUAUUCUCUUACAUUUCAUUCUAGUGUAAUGUUGCAGGGAAGAGAUCUGAAUAUACAUCAGGCUGGAGAGGCGAGGAGGUCACUUUAAUGAGGUUCCCUUCCACAGUGUUUGUGCUGGUCUGUUUGUUUGCUUGCUCGUUUUGUUUGCUGGUGUUCACUGUUGUGUUCAGGGAAAAUGCGUCUCUGUGUUGGUUGCCUCUUACCUUCCUUUUAAAAGUGCAUUGCAACUUUAUUCCUUCAUGUGAAAUAAAUAAAAAAAUUAAGAAUGACUUUUCUAAAAAACAAAAAAAAGUCAUACUGGAAUCAACUUAACCCUUAAUACACUUGUGUUUAAAAAGAAUACAUAAAUGCUCAAGUGAUUUUGAAGAAUAUUCCAGCCUUUCCACAAUGAAAGCUCCCUCAAGAGGUACUUUAACCAGUAAUACUCAGGAUAUAUAUAUAUAUAUAUAUAUAUAUAUAUUCAGAUGCAUGAACAGGUACCUAAUCUGCUUCAGGGGGCUUUGUGUUUUUAUUUAUUUGGGAGUACAUGUGAGAUUGACCCUUGAAGAACAAGCCCAGUGUACAAAAGGAAAUACUACACUUGAUCUAAUAUGCUCCUGUACUAUUCAGCUUUUGUCUUACAAUAUCCCCUGUUCUACCAGGUAACCAAUACAGCAGCUUUGCAAUGGUGUGGAAUCCAAGUCCUGUUUUAUUUAGCUGGUUCUGUAUUUCACCCCCCAGUGGCAGAUUGGUGAUAUACUGAGAUAAACUAAAUGAUGGAAACAUCUCCAGUACUUUAUUGGGAAGAAAUCUGGCUAUGUUGGAGUAUUUACACAUGUCUUAAUCUUUUACAGAUUAUUAUUAUUAUUUUUCUUUUAAUAAAUUCUACUAAACCAUAAUGUUUCGACUCUGGCCCCUGAUUUUAGCACUAACCUUGGGCUGCCUUGCGUUACCAUAAGAAAGGCAAAAAUGAAACCAGCUGAUAUUCUUUAAAUAUUUAUUAAUGUACAGUCUGAAUCCAGUCCAAAGUGAGUGCAAAGGCAAACUGUGAGAGUAAUAGAAUAAUUAACAGUAUAAAACGAGCAAGGAAAUAACUUGAGAGCUGAGAGCAGGGGCAUUUCCAUUACUCUUCCGAGCAGUGCUUGCUGCUUUUAUAUUGUUAUUUUACCCUUCUCUCAAAAUGUAGUUAUUUGUUUUCUAGUCCAUUUAUUAACUUUUUCAUUCAAUUUCUCUUUUUACAUAUGGUGGGUUUUUUCUUCAGUAAAUGUACAUGGUAUGUGACUUCUGUCCUCCCAGGUUUUUUUAAUCAGUCUUUGUUGGUUUUUUGCAAUUCUAGUUCAGUAUUCUGUUUAUCUGGAGAGUUCUGUUAUAUUGAAAUUCCACUAAUCAAAGGGAGAUCAAUGUGGUCAGAAAUGAACCUUUGUGAAGUGUGUGGUGGCACACUUACAGCUUGACAUUUAAAGUGUGAUUCAUCAGAAUAACUGAUUAAUACACAUGUUUUUUGUUUUAAGCACAAACAGUGCAGCUAGGCUAAGGUAGCAGUUUCAUCCAUCCUUGCAACGGGGUUCACCAACACAUGUUCAUUAUAAAAGGCUGCAAAAUGUUUCAAGAAUGUGGAGUGAUUUUUGUUUUAUUUCAUGAAAGUGAUUUCUAGUGGGUCAUGAUACCUUUUCUUCACUUGCUCUCAGUAGGUUUGUUUGUGUUUCUUUCCACUGCAAGAGAUGUUAUGGUCUUUUUUAAUGAAUGGCAACAAAUUGUUUCUGUUCCAGCAGUAUUUUUAAGUUUUAUUGAAGUAAUUUGGUUUAAAUCAGUGAUACAGAUUUGAGAAUCGAAAUGUUGACGCAAUGUGAAUUAAUUCUCUGUGUGUGCUGUGCAUAUAAACCUUUAAUAAAAAAAGAAAGACGUGUGUAGUAAUACUAAUGAAAACAAAAAUGGGUAGAGGUCGGUAUGUGAUAAAGGAUUCAAAUGUAUUUAAAGAUUUUAAGGGAUAUUUGUAUAUUUUGUAAAAAUGACUAAUGGUUUGUCAUUGUUCUGCGUUUCAUUGUACUGUACAAAUGCAUUCACUUUCUCUAUCCCUCUAAUGUCGCAUGUGAAGUAGUUUGACUUUUGUAUAUUUAUUGUAUUAACACAAAGUCUCAAAUAAAAAUGAAAACCGCAAACUA